AUGCACUGUCAGGUCGAGGUCAGCAGCGAGGGCGGUGCACAGGUGAUCCGCGCGACCACCGACCUUGAGGCUGGUCGGCUUCUGCUGCACUGGGGCCUGGAGGGUGGCAAGGACUACAAGGGCGGCUGGCGGCUGCCCGGAGAGGCCGUGCGGCCCGAUGGCACGCGGCAGUACAAGGACAGAGCACUGCAGACGGCAUUCAGGCCUGUGAGUGGAGGGGGGAACGGCAAGAGCGAGGUGGUCAUUACGCUGCCUGGUGACGAGGCGAGUGACGUCCUCAAUUUUGUGCUCAAAGACGACGCUACCAACACAUGGUAUGACUUCCACAGCACAAACUUUGCAGUCCCGCUGCGCCCGGAGCGCGAGGACAUCCCCGACAUUCCUCGGGAUCUGUGUGACACCUGGGCGUGGAUCAAAUGGGACUACGGUGGCCGCCCGCAGCGCAGCACUGCUCAAGCCAACAUGGAGUAUGACGCCGCCGUGGAGGAGAUGGAGACGCUGCUGCGCGCUGGCAGGCCGCUGGAUGAGCUUCGCAGGGUGGCACGCGGCGAGGUGCUCUAUGCCAACUACAAGAUCAACGUGGUUGACGAGAUCCUAGGCCAGACCAGCACCGCUGUGGCGUCACGCACCCCUGUGUCGCCACGGGCAGCUCCUGAGCCGUCGCGCCCGGUGGUCAUCCCGGACUCGCUCAUCGCGGUUCAGGCUUUUGUGAUGUGGGAGGAGGCCGGCAAACCGCAGGGCGCUGACUUUGGGGCGCCCGCGCGCAACCGCAUUGAGGAGAAGCUGCGUUCGGGCAUGACGCUGCAGCAGAUUGAAGAGAACCUCAAGGGCGGUGGCCAGAAGCAGCAGCAGAAGGCCACAGCGGACAGCCAGGCCGCUGAUGUGCAGCAGAAGCGCCAGCAGGAGGAGUGGGACCGUGCUGAGCGAGAGGAGGAGGAGCGGCGGCAGCGCGAGCAGCAAAAGAAACAGCAGGCGCCGGCGGAGGUUGGCAAGUCGUUGGGAGCGGCAAAGCGCAACCCCCUUCAAAUGAUCAAGAAGGUCACCGCUCCUGCCCUCUCGGAGGACAAGAAGGCGAAGCAGGUCAAGCCCCUCGACUUCCUUGUGCAGCGCGCUGCGGUCGAUGGAGCCACGCGCUGGCGGCGUGUGUUCCAGCUGGGCUCCAAGGCCGAGCUGCUGGCGGUAGUCAAGCAGCCGCGUGGGGAGGACGGCGACGGCGCUGGCGACGGACCCAUCUCUAUCUCCCUGACCACGGACUCUGCCAAUGACCUGGUGCUGCACUGGGGCAUCACCAAGCAGGGCUCCCGCGACUGGAUCCGGCCCCCGAAACCGUUGUGGCCUGGGGAGACGGUGGCGUUGGAGGGCGGCAUCGCCUGCGAGACGACGUUUGACGCGUGCAACGAGGAGGAGUGCGACGUCGAAGUCCAGGGCGCCAAGGUGCCGCUGCAGCGCGUCAACCUGACCGUGCCGGCCGACGCGGAAAUUGGCGGCCUCACGUUUGUGCUGCGCUCUGGCGACGCCACGCGCUGGUACCGAGAUGCCAAUGGCAACUUCUUUGUGCCCCUGCCCACCCGCGGCAAGGAGGUGGACAACUCCGGUCUGCUAGAGAGCGCCGCUAACGACCUGUGGCGUGUCAUCCUCAACGCGGAGAUCAACUCGUUCCACUGGACCCUCAUGCACCGCUUCCACAAGGCCGCGGACAACAUCAACGAGAUCCUGGAUGGCUUUUUCGAGGUGGACCCCGCCCAGGCCAUGGCCGACAUUUACGUUUGGCUGCGCUACAGCUCCACACGCCAGCUGACGUGGCAGCGCAACUACAACACACAGCCCCGCAUGCUCUCGGGGGCGCAGGAGCGCCUGACGCGCACCAUCGCCGAGGCCCACAAGCGCACCAACGGGGAGGCACAGGAGUGGGUGCGCAUGAUGCUCACCACUGUUGGCCGUGGCGGAGACGGCCAGCGCAUCAGGGACGAGAUCCUGCACAUCAUGCACCGCAACCACAUCCCAGAGCUCAAGGGCACCUGGAUGGAGGAGUGGCACCAGAAGCUGCACAACAACACGACCCCCGACGACGUCCCCAUCUGCGCCGCGUACAUAGCCUUCCUGGAGUCCAAUGGGGACGAGGGCCGCUACUGGCGCGUGCUCUCUGACCACGGCAUCACGCGGCAGCGGCUGGAGAGCUUCGACAGGCCCAUCAAGACGCCCCCGCAGUUCUUUGGCGACAAGAAGGAUGCGCUCAUCGGCGAGUUCCGCAACUAUCUCGGAAUUCUCAAGAGCGUGCACAGUGGAGCAGACCUGCAGGUGGGCGCCGCAGGCGCGGAGGGCUUUGGCGGUGCCGCGCUGAUGAGCCCCCUGCUGCAGAACCUGGCCCUGUCCCUUGGCGACAACGAGGAGGCCUGCUUCUGCCUCAAGGCCUGGCAGAGCCUGCCUGGCAGCGUGCGCUAUGGGGGCCGCCCAAGCCGUGAGGAGGCGCUGCAGGCGGUGGCCGUCAUCAACCGCAUCAGGCGCCUGCUGGCGACGAUCUCAGACGCCAUUGUGCAGCGUGUCACGCCGUUUGCCAAGGAGCUGGGCCGCGCCGCGGGUUGCGACGCCUGGGCGGUCGACAUCUUUGGAGAAGAGGUUGUGCGAGGUGGCCCUGCCUUUGCCAUCAGCCUGCUGAUCAGCGGCGUGGAACCUGCCCUCAGGGCCGCCGCAGAGCUGGGCGCCUGGCAGGUCAUCAGCCCGGCGGAGGUGACCGGCCGCGUGGUGGUGGUGCCCCACCUGAGCGAGGUGCAGGACAAGGUGUACGAGGACCCCACGGUGCUGGUGGUGGACAAUGUCACGGGUGAGGAGGAGAUUCCUGAGGGCUGCGUGGCGGUGCUCACGCCCGAUGCGCCGGACGUGCUGUCGCACGUCAGCGUCAGGGCCCGCAACAUGAAGGUCCUCUUUGCUACAUGCCACGACGAGGAGCCCUUGGCCCAGAUCCGCGCGGCCAAGGGGCAGUACCUCCACGUCAGCACCACUGCGGCCGGCGCCGUCACUUGGGUGUCGCCCAGCAUGAUGACCAUCGACUCGCUGAGCGGCGCCGGCUUGCACGGCGACAACGGUGGCCCCGCGCCUGGUGCCCCCCGCAACCUGCGCAUCACAAUCCCCAAGUGGUGCGGGAAGUGGGCUGUGGGCGCGGACGAGUUCAAGGAUGGCGUGGUGGGCGCCAAGAGCCGCAACCUGGCUAACCUGCGAGGCAAGCUUCCCGACUGGGUGCGGCUGCCGCCAGCGGUGACAGUGCCCUUUGGGAGCUUCGAGAAGGCCCUGGAGGACAAGGCCAACGACGCGGUGCGCCGCGAGUUGCAGGAGACACUCAAGCGCUUGAAGGCACUGCCGAAGCAGCAGCUUUUGCCCCCCACCAACGGCAACGGCAACGGCGCGACUGAGGCAACGCAGGACGGGCCCGCGCCGCUGCUGGCACGAUGCAGGGAGAUCGCCAUGCAGAUUCAGGUCCCCCAGGCGCUGCGCGAGCAGCUGGCCGCCAAGAUGACGGCGGCUGGCAUCCCUCCCCCCGAGGACGAGUCCCGCUGGGAGCUGGCGCUGGAGGCCCUCAAGGGGGUGUGGGCCAGCAAGUACAACGACAGGGCCUUCUACAGCCUCCGCAAGUGCGGCAUCGACGCAGACGACGUGCGCAUGGCCGUGUGCGUGAUGCGCGUGGUGCCCGCGCGCUACGCGUUCGUCAUCCACACCAAGAACCCCCAGACCAACGACUCAUCAGAGAUUUUUGCCGAGAUGGUCAAGGGCCUGGGUGAGGCCCUGGUGUCAGGAAUGGUGCCGGGCAGCAGCAUCGCCUUCACCGCUCGCAAGGACGCCCUGGACGACCCCCAUGUGCUGUCGUACGCUUCGAAGAGCGAGGGCAUGUUUGUGCGCGAAAGCCUUAUCUUCAGGUCUGACUCGAAUGGUGAGGACCUCGAGGGCUAUGCGGGCGCAGGGUUGUACGAGUCCAUCACCAUGGACCCAACAGAGACAGUCAGGGUGGACUACAGUGAUGACCCCAUCACAGCAGAGCCGCAAUUCAGAAACAAGGUCAUGUCUGACAUCGUCAAGGUGGGCGCUGCCAUAGAGACCUCCUUGGGAAGCGCGCAGGACGUUGAGGGUGUUGUGGACCACGAGGGGUACGUCUACAUUGUGCAGACACGACCUCAGGUGUAG